AUGAAGAUUAUCGUGACAGGCUGCACAGGCGUAGUGGGUUCCGAGGUGCUCCGCUCAGCCAUCAAACAUCAAUUCAUCACACACAUCUAUGCCAUCACGCGCCAACCGCUGGACCCAAAGAUUGAAGACCACCCCAAGGUGACGCAGAUUAUCCACGAGGACUUUGAACAAUGGCCUGAUCACUUGAUGAGAUUGUUCGAACAUGAAGGCGUCAGAGGCUGUAUCUGGUGCAUCGGUGGCUGGGUAGCCAAAUUCCCCUCCUUGGAAGAAGCACAACGCGUCAAUAUCGCCCUCCCCCAAUCCGCAGCCGAAGCCUUUUCCUCCGCACUAUCUCCCUCCUCCGCUGAAAUCUCUCAGACAAGAAACAAACGCGGCAUUCCUUUCCGCUUCAUCUACAUGUCCUGCAACGGCGCUGAGCAAAAUCCUUUUGCGUCCCUCUGGUGGAGUGCAGACUCUCGCAAGAUGAAGGGAGCAGCUGAGAAAGGUCUGUUUGAGCUCGCAGAUUCACGCAACCCGGGCAGCUUCGAGGUAUACUCGUUGAGAUUGGGAAAGGUGCUUCCAGGAGGACAGACCGUAUACAAUCUGAUGACUAUGGGUAGUACCACAAGUAUCGCGGACAAUCUCGUCGCGAAAUGUGCUCUCAAUAUCGUUAUUGAUGGAAGAAUGAAGGAUGAAGGAGGCAGAAUCUUGGAAAACGUCGAUUGCUUGGGUGACGACUGGAGUCAAAUCAACUCACUAUCCAUUGAUUAG